AUGCUGCUCUCGAAUAUUUUCGGUAUUUUUCAAGAUCGGCUCUCUGCGCUUUUCUACAAAUAUGGUCUGAUUGUGAGUUAUAAUCCGCGGCCGUUUGUACUAAUACCUAUCUUGAUCACUUUCUUGCUUUCGCUCGGUAUAUUUACUGUGAACGUUGAAGAUGACCUCAGAUUUCUGUAUUCACCGAUUAAUUCCCCAGCACGAUUUGAAUACAGCAUACAUAAAGCAUUCACCGGUGAUUCCAUCAACAGUACCUAUGUCGCGAUAGCUGUUGAACCAAACAACAAUUUGCGCAAUCUGUUAAGAAAGGAGAUUGCUACCGAAAUUCUGAGUUUGAAUGAGUUUGUUCUAAAUAAUUUAACUGUUAAUCUAAACGGUCGAAUUUAUAAUUUCGGAAAAGACAUUUGCAUACGCACCGCACUUUGCCCAUUCAGUAACACCAUUGUACAAUUUUUCUUUAAUGCAUUCUGGAAUGAAAAGCUAUGGGAUGAUCCACGUGUACGUUUGGAUUAUCCUUUUCUGUACUUUUUCGAGAAUAAGUUCUUUCUACCGCUUCAUUUGUACGGUGUGAAACUUGGAGGAGUGAAAGGUAUUGAAUCGAUCGAAAUGAUACAUCUUCAUUAUUCCAUACCAUCUACCGAUCAUGAGACAGCCGAAGUCGUUAGUGGUGCACUCGAAAGUGCGUUGAAGGAGUAUUUGGCGAUAAACGAGCGAAGUUUGAUCAAAACAUCCAUGUUCAGCUUCUCAAUGCUCAAAAAUGAAAUGAAUAAAAAUGCGCUCUGCGCCUUCCCAUUUAUCUCACUCACCUUUCUUCUACUGGUCACUUUUACCAUUCUUUCCUGCAUGACAGGUGACUGGGUCACAUCCAAACCACUCGAAGCGCUGAUGGGUGUACUCUCAUCAUCUUUUGCAAUUAUCAGUGCAACAGGAUUCAUGUUCCUGAUGGGAAUACCGUUUGUUAGCCAGGUAACGGUAAUGCCAUUCCUAGCACUGGCUAUUGGCGUAGAUGACACGUACGUAAUGCUCGGAGCAUGGCAAGAUACACGACGUUGCCUCCCACCAUCCAAGCGAAUGGCAUUAUCACUACAAGAAGCUGGCAGUGCGAUAACAGUAACAUCAAUCACUUCAAUGCUUUCCUUUGGCAUAGGCUCAUUCAGUACCACACCAGCAAUAUCUAUAUUUUGUCGUUUCAUUGCUAUGGCUAUUAUUUUCGAUUGGUUUUAUCAGGUAACGUUUUUUGCUGGUGUAAUGGCACUUGGUGGCAAGCGCGAAGCUGUUGGAUAUCAUUGCAUAUUCGUUUGGAAAAAGAUGCCCAAAGAGAUUGUCGAGGAGUCAAGACAAAACACUAAGUUAUCAAUAACGCAUACAUUAUUCGCGGAUUACAUUGCGCCAUUUCUGUGCCACAAAGUAACGCGUAUCACUUUCAUUGGUAUUUAUGGACUAUACAUCUUUGGCGCAUUUUAUGGAUGCUCAUUGUUGCGACCAAAUUUAACACCAAGUCGCUUAUUAGUUGAUGAUUCGCCAUUGACUCAUUAUCUGAAGCUGGCUGAAACGAAAAUAUGGUCGGAGGGAAUGGUGGAAAGAGUCUAUGUGAAUAAUGCGCCCGACUUUACUGCUGAUCCAAAGCAGGCCGAUGUUAUGCUACGAUUGGCAGAAGAUUUAGAAAACACGGAAUGCUCACUAGGAAAAAAUUCCACUCAAUUUUGGCUUCGCGAAUAUUUAAAUUACCGACAAUUCUUCGAAAGUAACGAUGAAGACUUCUACGAUACUCUCGAUUCAUUCCUCAACAUAUCCUUUAAUUCACAUUGGAAUUCAUAUCUGUCUUGGACGCAACAUCCAAUAAAGCCUGGUAAAAGAUAUGUGAACCGUUUCUUCUUCACAACCGCUUUCAAAAUAAAAGAUUGGAAAGUUCGUACUGCUUUACUAUUACAGUGGCGCAACAUAGCAAGUCAUUAUUCAAAGUAUGAAGCUUUGGUUUUUGACGAAAAUAACUUCUAUUCGGAUCAAAUGUUAGAGCUGCAAUCAACAACCUUAUCGUCAUUGGGUACCGCAAUCCUGGCUAUGAUUAUAGUGUGCAUUUUAUUUAUCGCCGAUAGUACCAUCGUAUUCUGGGUUGUUUUCUCUAUGCUUUCAAUGGAUAUCGGCAUUGCUGGUUAUCUUUCUCUUUGGGGAGCUGACCUGGACCCAACAACUGUUGUCAAUAUUCUGAUGAGUAUCGGUUUAUGCGUCGAUUUCGCCACUCAUGUUGGUUAUCGUAUAUAUCGGAGCAAGUGCCGAAAUCUUGAUGAACGUAUUCAAGAUGCGUUGGGAGCGGUUGGUUGGCCGGUGGUGCAAGGUGGCACUUCAACAUUUUUAGCUAUUAUUGUUAUGAUGCUGGUACCAUCAAAUGUAGUACGCAUGUUCGCGCGCACAUCUAUCCUGGUUGUUCUUACGGGUUUAUUUCAUGGGAUUGUCUUAUUACCAGUUAUUAUAAGGACAUUUGCUUCUUAUACUACUUGCGAAAAGGAUCUUCAAAUAAAAGGGUAA